AUGCCUUCGGCGGCUCCGUCGCACCGCAGCCUGUCAUUUCUGGGCCAGAUCUCAAUUCGGGUUGCAAUCGAGUCCACGGCUGUUGACGUACUUAGCCCCGACCCUAGCGGAGAGGAUAAUCUAGAGUGCCUCCUGGCUCUAGCGCAAGACGAGUCGCGGCGCCUCCUCUGUCAUACUCAGCAGGAGGCCACCGAUGCGGAAUACCGUGUUCGGAUAACUGGGGUCGUCGUUGCCGCCUCAGACGACAUUCGGCAACAGAGGGAGUGGGGUACACUCCGAGUUUUGCGGACUUUCAACUCCAUGCCGCUUCUGCCCGAAGACGCACCUGUCUGCGCGAUCGACAGAGUCACCAGAGAGUUUCUUGAGACAAAAGGUCCUCGUUUCGGACUGAUCACAAAGAAAAGGCAGCGGAAGUCCUCCAGCGCGGCGAAAGACGCCAUCGCGGCUCCCGUUGAAUCGGCGGUUCCAUCUCUACAUGCCACCGCAGCUUAUGAUCGCCUUCUCCAGGCAGCGCACUCUCACCGGGUGUGGCUGGCUAAGAGGGCAUCAUGGUCCGAAAUAUUCUUGGUCGUUAGCGUCCAAAGUGAUACUUCGUGUUUUGGCACCUUAUGCAAAACCUACCUGAGAGAGUCGCCGUCGCUUACGGCUAACGUGAUCCGGGCUUUGACAGCAGUGUUUGAAGACCUCAAGGCUCAGGCGCCUGCAGCUUUCAUGUCAGCUGCUGAGAUAGAAAUGAAAGACGCGCGCGAAAUCUACAUUCCGCAGCUAGCGCAAUCGAUUGCGCAUAUCAUUUACCGCUCUGACAACGAAGAAUUCAAGAACGCAUCGUUCAUGAUCCUUUCCAUGAGAAGAGAAGCGCGAUGCUCGGUGGCACCCCGUGCCGGCAGUCGAGUGACUGCCAGCGAGCCAAGCGAAGACACGACGCCUUCGGCGAAACGCAAGAAGACAAGCAGCACACUUGACAACCUCACAGAAAAGCUGCAGGCGCUCAUUCUGUGA